AGCAUGGCAUGAACACUGCUGAAUUAAUUGCUUAUGCAGAUGCAUUACUUAAUUAUAGUUAGAUGAGCUUGAGAUUCCUCAUGUUUCCUUCAGCCAAGUAAUAUAAAUAUGCUUCCCUAAAGGGCAAAAGUUAAAAGAAAGUUGAAACUUCUCUAGCUGUUUUGUAAUUCAAUAGCUUAGACUUUUUUCUUUUCAAAGAGAAAAUGGAUUCCUUUGCUGGAAACUCAAAGAGAUCAUUUCAUAUCCGCUCGAACAGCUUACCUUCGAAACUGCAUCCAGUCGUCGACGAAGUUGAUGAACAUCUAUGCAGAUUGAAGGCCUCUGAAGCCACUUCUUCAUCUCAUUCUUUGUGCCAAAAACUUGGGAGCCUUCAGGAUUUGCAAGAUUGCAUCGAUAAAUUACUUCUUUUGCCGCUCACUCAUCAAGCUCUUGUCAACAACAAAUCGGUUGAUGACUUGUUGGAAGGAUCUCUCAAGCUCUUGGACUUGUGUGUUGUGGCAAAAGAUGCAUUGUCACAGAUGAAAGAAUUGACACAUGAACUCAAGUGUGUUUUACGCAGAAGAAGAGGAGAUGACAUUGCAAGGAAAGUUCAGAAGUAUUUGAACUCACGAAAAACGAUAAAGAAGACAAUCCACAAGGCCUUGAAGGGAAUGGAGAAAACAAGUUUCCAAAAAAGUGAUGAAAGUUCAGAAAUUGUUAGCUUGUUAAAAGAGGCAGAAGCAAUCACAUAUAGCAGCAUUGAAUCCUUAUUGUCCUUUAUGGCUGGACAAAAGUUUGCAUCAAAGAUGAGCAGAUGGUCUUUGGUUUCCAAGCUGAUGCAACCAAAAAGAGUAGCCUGCAAAGAGGAAGACGAAAACAGAAAUGAAGUAGAGAGAAUGGAUGUUGCACUAUCUUUAAUCACAAGUCAUAAAUCUGAUUUCUUUGUACAAGUUGAAGAUGUCCAGACCUCGUUGAAGAAAUUGGAGUCGAGUAUUCACGACCUCGAAGAAGACCUUGAGAGUCUAUAUCGACAUCUUAUCAAAAAUAGAGUCUCGUUUCUCAACAUCCUAACUUGCUAAGGAUGGAAACUUAGAUCAUAGUAUCAUGGCUAAUUUCAUGAGAAUCCAAUUUUGUUGAUGUAAACACCACAGUAUAUAUAAAUAUACAAAUACCUCUUAUAACAAUUUUGCGAAUCCAGAUUAUGAAUUCAAUAUCACCUUCUUCUCUAGCUAACUUUUUGCAAUGUAAAAUCCUUGAUAGAUUAGUAAACAAUAGUAUGCUUUUUGUAUUGAAUUCAAAACUAAAAUCAUGCUGAUUUGAGCUCAAAAUAAACGAUACCAUGAUAUUAUAGAGCUAUGGAAAGGCCAGCAUUCAAACAUAUCCCUG